ACUCGCCAAUCCUUGCGCCAUUUCCUAUAAAAAGUUCACUCCACUGCACACUACUCACAGAGUCGCGGCAGAACAGCACGGGAAGCAAGUCGCGAGACGUCGGGGAGAGGAGAGGGCAGGGUGAUCCACAUCGACAUGGCGUCGAGCCUCGUUCCGGGGAUCAUCGUCGUGGCUCUCGGCGCCGGGGUGCUAGGAUUCCCGGACGCGCUCCGCGUCCUCCUCCUCGAUGACGUCGCGGGGCGGAGGCGGAGCCCCCUAACCGACAUCGCCAUCUGCGUCCUCGCCAUGGCCGUGGUCACCGCCCAGGCCCUCGGCGCUAUGCUGCUGGCGCGCUUCGUCCGCAAGGCAGCGCGCGCCGGAGGCGGCGACGCACACGCGCCCGGCGCGCCGCCACCGCCGCCGCCGUGCACGGAUUGCUUCGCGCAGAUGACCCUGGUCAUGUCCCUCGGCGUCGCCUUCCUCGUCUCCGCGUGCCUCCUCGUCGACGCCGGCGGCCUCGGCCUGCUCAACCUUGUUGUUGCCGGCAUCGCCAGGAAGAUGAAGAGCCCCGUCAUCGCGGUCCUUGCCACCGGCGCCGCCGCCCUCUCCUGCGCCAGGCCUCUGCUCCGCGUCUUCCGCGAGGAGGAUCACUCGCAUGGGACGGGGACGGGGCAGGUGGCGAGCUUCACCGGGGCCGCCGCCUUCCUCCUCGCCGUGUCCAUACAACGCGGCUCCAUCGUCGGCGUGGCCGCGGUCGUCGGCACCGUGCUUCUUCUUGCCCGCUUCGCCUUCACCCGAAGGGCGCGUAAUGCCGAUGCCGGCGGCGCAGGCGGCCGCGCUGCCCCUGCCCCUGCUUCUGCCGCGGGCACGCAGCGCGUCGGCGGCAAGCUGACGGGGCUGGCGCCGUACCUGGCCGUCGUCUCCUUCGUCGCCCUCCUCUGCUACCUCGUCCUCACCACGUAUGCGCCGCUCGAGAGCGGGCCCGACGGCGCCAACUCCAAGUACCCAUGACCAAGCUCUCCUUGAUUGAUGUCUGCGUCGUGCGCAUGCGCGCCGGCGCCGGAAGAGGAAGGUGGCUCUGGCUGUCGAAUGUCGAUGUUCCUGCGCCGGCGCUGUUCACGUGGUGUGGUGGCCACUGGUGAGUGCUGACGUACCGGUACAGGUACCGCGUCCGCGUACCACUACUGCAACUGCAAGUCUUCAGAAGUAGUACCUUGUUAAUAGUAUGUUACGAUACUACUAUGGAAGUGUGAUGUAGCUCAUCCAAAAAUUGCAAUUUGCUGGUCGCGUUUGUGUGUACGGUGCACCUGCGCUGCAGGUCCUCGGAUCUCGGUAGUUACUACGUACUAGUAGUACAAAAUACUUCUAGAGUACAGAUACAGACUGACAGAUGUAUACUAGUUAAAAGGUAGGGAAAGAAAAAUGAAGACUUUGCACGGCAUGUGAGGAGCUUGGGACAUUUUGGGUGGAUUGGCCAUUCUGCUUGAAUAAUCCUAUGGAACUAUGGAAACA